UUAAAUUAACCCAACAUUAAACUUCAUUUCUCUCAUAUAACGAGCAGGAAGGAACCUGUUUGGCCAUAUUUAUACGAACAGCAACUGCUGCCUGUAGCUCAACAUUUCUUGUGCGUUACAAAUAUAGUGAGAAACUAAUUAUACUCUAAACAUCGAAAACACAGCACGAAUCGGGCAGCUGAUUUACACGAAUACACUCACGCACUCACAUAUUAAUGCUCUUUUUUCUCUUUUUCUCUCUUGACUGAGGUUUAUUCAAAAGUUUUCUUCGUCUAUCACUCGCUUCAAUUCCACCAUUGCCAUUUCAAAAGUCGGACCGAGAAGGCGUGCAUCGGUCCAUUAAAAUUACGCAUUGUUUGUUUCACGUAAAUAUUGUGUAAAUUCUAAUUAAUUACAAAAGGCAACGAAUGCUAAAUCAAGUGUGAUAUUUGUGCGGUAAAGGCCUACCCGAUUGAUUAGCAUACGAAACAGUUGUGUUUGCAUUUGCUUUUGCUUUUGCUUUGUUUGUCGCUGGGUCAAUCACAGCAGCAAAACGGCUAAUUUUGUAUAAGACGUGUACACAAAAGAAUUGCUGUUGGCCUCGACCCUAGACAAUUUACAACGAUAGUGUUGUUGUUGCCGGCAUAAUUCUGAACGUACAUAUUCAUAUAUAUACAUCGCUGUUAAAUUACAUAUGUGCAGUUCGUCAAUAUUGCUGAGACAGUGAGUGUGCAUAAAAUAUUAAUAAAACAGCCGGAUACAAAGAAGAGCGAAGAGAGGAACGCUCUCUCGAUUUGCGUUUUACUGUAAGCCACCCAUAUUAUGAACCGCACCAGAAGGAAAGUUGUACGUCCAAAAAAUCCUUACACAAAUGCAAAUUUAUUUUCACGAUGGAGCUUCUGGUGGAUGCGAGAUUUGUUCAAAAGAGGUCUGCAGGGUCCACUCACAGACGAGGAGCUGUACCAGCAUAGAAAGACGCUAGACAGUGAUCGCGUGACGAGCAAGUUUACGGAAUUGUGGGAGGAUGAGAAGAAACGCAGCAAUCCGAGUGUCGUUCGCAUGAUAUUUCGUGCAUAUGGCUCCAUGUUCGUGCCUUUGGGUAUACUCUUUUCCGUGCUGGAAUCAUGUUGCAAAUGCCUGAUGCCUUUAUUUCUGGGUUGUCUGGUUGGUUAUUUUGCAACGGAUCAGACAACGAUAACCGAGUCAAUGGCUUACAACUAUGCGUUAGGAAUUGUGAUUUGCAUGUUGCUGCCUGUACUCUCAUUCCAUCCGUUCAUUUUUUACAUAUUCCAAGUGGGCACUAAGUUACGUUUAGCACUGUCUGGUCUCAUUUACCGCAAGUGCCUGGAGGUGUCCAAAAGCAACAGCAAUGAUGGUCUGCGCGCACGUGCCAUUAAUAUAUUGUCCAACGAUUUGGGACGCUUUGAUACAGCCCUAUGCUUUUUGCAUGAUACAUGGAAAGGUCCAAUGGAAUCGAUACUUAUUGGGUAUCUAAUGUACCGUGAGAUUGGCAUUUCGGCUGUCAUAGGCGUUUCCUUUAUGCUAAGUUUUAUACCGCUCCAAGCGUGGGCUGCCAAAAAGGCAUCCAAUUACCGCCAGAUGACUGCAGAACGCACAGAUCUACGUGUGAAACUAAUGAACGAGAUUAUACAAGGCAUCCAGGUGAUCAAGAUGUAUGCCUGGGAGAAGUCAUUUGCGCGUGUCAUUGCCCAGGUGCGUCUCAAGGAAGUGAACGCUAUUCGGGGUACUGCUUACAUUCAUGCUGCUCUCAGCUGCACUUCGAUGAUCUCACCACUAUCUGUGUUCUUCGCUCUAUGCUCAUAUGUAUAUCUGGGCGAUGCAUUAACUGCCAAAAAGGUUUACAUGGUAUCUUCCUACUUUAAUAUGCUCAACGACUCUAUGGUGCACUUUUGGCCUCUAUCUAUCACGUUCAUAGCGGAGGCGUUGGUCUCGGCUCGGCGGUGCAAGGAGUUUCUGCUAGAUGGCGACAGAGCUGAGGUCCCCAUCAAUUUGGAGCCGGAUGCCAAGGGGCCCAAGAACAAGCGUAAGAUAACUCAACAGGACAAACUGAAGAAUGUGGAGGUAAAUGGCACUCUGUUGAUAAACGGUCAGACGCAGCCGACACAGAAAGAGCACAAUCGGUUGCGCGACUACAGUCCCGAUGCGCCUCAGAAGUGCGUGAUCUUAAAGAACGUUACGGCUUCGUGGGACUCUAGUGACGGCCAUCCCAAUUGCGCCAUUGACAGCUUCAGUACCGACAUUCAGGAUCAGACGUUGACAGCUGUGAUCGGUCCGGUAGGCGCGGGCAAGUCCAGUCUCCUUAAUGUGCUACUCGGCGAAGUGGGCAUUGAUCAAGGCGAGGUAUCAGUUCAUGGCAAAAUCUCAUAUGCUGCACAAGAGCCCUGGGUCUUCGAGGGCACAAUACGAGAUAAUAUUGUCUUUGUGGAGGACUAUAAUGAGCGGCGCUACAAGAAGGUGAUCAAGGUGUGCGCAUUGGAACGUGAUCUGGAGCUAAUGCCCAGGGGCGAUUUAACCGUGGUGGGUGAGCGCGGGGUCAGUCUCAGCGGCGGCCAGAAGGCGCGUGUAAAUCUAGCUCGAGCUAUUUACCGCAAGGCAGAUAUCUACCUGCUGGACGACCCGCUAUCUGCCGUCGACACACACGUGGGCAAGCACAUCUUUGAUAGAUGCAUACGCGACUUUCUGUCCAACAAGAUACGGAUCUUGGUCACACAUCAGCUGCAAUAUUUGUUCGACGUGGAGCACCUGCUGUUGAUGUCCUCCGGCAAGGUUGUAGCGCAAGGCAGCUAUCAGGAACUUCAGCGUUCGCGCCAAUUUCAGUUUCUGGAGCAGACGCACGACGAGAGCGGCAUAGAUACGGACAGCGUUCAUAGUCACAUGUCGCGCAGCGAUUCAGAGAAGAGCAUGGAGCACCAUAAUCAGCAUAAUCCACUGUUACGACCCGAUGAAACUGUGGAGGAGAUCAACCAGGAACAGCAGUGCGUGGGCGCGGUAAAGUUCAGCGUGUACGCUUCUUACUUCAAGGCGCUUGAGAGCACAUUUUUUUUUGGUUUGAUUGUGGUGCUCUUCGUUUGCUCUAGGAUAAUGCUCACGGGUGUGGACUACUUCCUUUCACGCUGGGUAAUUUGGGAAGAACAGAUUGCUAUAAAUGGCAGUUUACUUUCUGUUCCAGCAGCCGUCAAUGUCACGUUGAAUGUGACCACAGAGGCACCCGUGAACGAUACAGUGAACAGUGCUUUACCGACAACAGUUUCAGAUGCUGAGAAUAACGUUCGCCAGGAACUUGUCCUCUUCUAUGCUGUUAUUUUGUCCGCCACGUUUAUUGUUUACCUCAUGCGCACCUUUGGCUACUUUAGGAUGUGUCUGCGCAUUUCUUUGCGUCUGCACGAUCGUCUUUUCCGUGGGAUCACACGCGCCACCAUGUACUUUUUUAAUACAAACUCUUCGGGCCGCAUUUUGAAUCGCUUCUCAAAGGAUAUACGCACAGUGGAUACAGAUCUGCCGCGCACGCUGCUGGAUUGCCUGGCUUUUGCUAUUGAUGUCUCCGGCGUGCUUAUCAUUGUGGCCAUUGCUAAUUAUUGGCUGCUAGUGCCCGCGGCAGUGAUUGUCGUCCUUCUAGCCUGCAUACGUUACCUUUAUGUGAACACUAGUCGCAGCGUUAAGCGGCUGGACGGCAUAUCUCGCAGUCCCAUCUACUCGCUAACAAACCAAACGUUUCAAGGCCUAACGACGAUACGUGCUCUGCAGGCACAGAGCGCUUUGGAGAGCGAGUUUCACGAGUAUCAGAAUGCCAAUACCUCCGCCUGGUUUCUCUUCCUCUCAUGUACACGUGCAUUUGCCCUGUGGUCGGACGUAUUGUGCAUUGGCUAUAUGGCAGCCGUCACAUUUAGUUUUUUGCUGCUGCGCAAUGAGUUUAACAGCGGUGAUGUCGGCCUGGCUAUACUACACAGCACCACCAUGACGGGCAUGUGCCAGUGGGGUAUGCGGCAAACAGCUGAACUAGAAAAUGAGAUGACCAGUGUGGAACGUGUGUUAGAAUAUACGGAACAGACACCGGAGCCUCCACUGGAGACGGACGAGAAAUUCAAGCCAAAAACCGAGUGGCCCAGCAAAGGACGCAUUGAGUUCAUCAACUUUAAGUUACGCUAUGCACCAAAAGAGGCGCCUGUGCUGCGGGAUCUGAACUUUACCAUUGAAUCACGCGAGAAGAUUGGCAUUGUGGGUCGCACCGGUGCUGGCAAAUCCUCUAUUAUACAGUCCAUAUUCCGAUUGGCCUGCAACGAGGGCAUGAUUCGCAUAGAUGAUGUCAAUAUUGAACAUAUAGGUUUGCACGAUUUGCGAAGUCGUAUAUCUAUAAUACCACAGGAUCCUGUGCUAUUUUCUGGAACGCUGCGCUAUAAUCUGGAUCCGUUGGAUGAACGAACGGAUGAGGAGAUGUGGAAGGCGCUGGGAGAUGUAGAACUUCGUUCCUAUGUAUCCACUCUCAUUGGUGGUCUUAAUUGUCGCAUGUACGAUGGUGGAUCCAAUUUUAGUGUCGGGCAGCGGCAGCUUGUAUGCCUGGCACGAGCCAUUCUACGUAAUAACCGUGUGCUGAUAUUGGAUGAGGCUACGGCCAAUGUGGACCCAGAAACCGACAAGCUGAUUCAGCAAACGAUACGAUCCAAGUUUGCCAACUGUACAGUGCUGACAAUUGCCCAUCGACUGCACACAGUUAUGGAUUCGGACCGUGUGCUGGUCAUGGAUGCGGGCGAGGUGCGGGAGCUGGGUCACGCCUAUGAGUUGCUGCAACGGCCUGAUGGCUAUUUACGCCAUUUAGUGAACAAUACGGGAACUUCGAUGUCCAAUGCGCUAAUGCAAGCGGCGGAGGAAAGCUACAGCAAGCGGCUAUUGGAUGGGAGAGUCCCAGCCGAAGAUCUGAAUAUCACGGCAGCGAUGCACGAACACACUGAUUAGCACAAUAAUAACUCACAAACACAAACACAAAUCUACUUAAGAUGUAUAGCAUUGAGAACUGAAAGUAUUAUGAACGUAUAUUGAAAUGUUGUACUUAACUUUAAUUUCUGUUUUGUACUUGUAAUUGUGUAAGCCCCAAUUCCGUAUAUAAGUAUGUACAUAAAUUCAUGUAUGUAAGCGUGAUUAUAUUGUUAACUU